CAAAUGACACGAGGGAAAGUGGGAAUGAGGACGAGAAAUGUCAGUCCCCAAGAUCUGAAGAAAAAGGAGCACAGGGGACACUGACAGGAAGAGGCUUACAGCAAAAUUGUGAGCAGAGAGAAACCUCAGAGAGGCCCCCGGGAAGCCACUCCACCAUCUCUUCUGCGGACACAGAUGCAAAGUCAGCCCAAAAAAGCAUCAAUGAUAAGAAAGACACAGAGUCCAGAGAAACACUCAGCCAGAACUCAGGCCAGAAAAGCCUUCAGCGUACCUGCACAGAAGAGAACCCACAGGCAUGUUCGGACUGUGGCGAAACCUUCAGUGACGGGCCCAGCCUUCUUGCGCACUUCAGAACCCACGCGCGAGACAAACCAUACAAGUGCUUGGAAUGCGGGAAGAGCUUUAAUAAGAAGUCGCACCUGAAUAACCACCAGACGAUCCACACUGGAGACAAGCCGUUCAAGUGCUCAGAGUGUGGGAAGGCCUUCCGGGUCAGCUCCUUCCUUACCCUGCAUCAGAGAAUCCACACGGGCGAGAAGCCAUACGUGUGCCUGGACUGCGGGAAAGCCUUCCGGGUCAAAUCAAGCCUCAGCUCCCACGAGCGAACCCACACAGGCGAGAAACCAUACAAAUGCUCCCAUUGUGAGAGAAGCUUUAGUGUGAGACCUAGCCUUGUCGCCCACGAGAGAAUCCACACGGGAGAAAAGCCCUACGAGUGCUUAGAGUGUGGCAAAAGCUUCCGGCGGAGCUCUGAUCUCUUCAUUCACCAGGGUAGACACACCGGUGAGAAGCCGUACCAGUGUACGGUCUGCGGGAUAAGGUUUGGAGAAACGUCAAAACUCAUCACCCAUUACAGGAUCCACACAGGAGAGAAACCGUAUAAAUGCUCAGAUUGUGGGAAGAGCUUCACCCUAAGCUCCUACCUUAAUAGUCACCAGAGAAUCCACACUGGCGAGAGGCCCUACGAGUGCUCCGAAUGUGGGAAAACCUUCAGGGUGAGCUCGUGCUUCAGGAAGCACCAGAGAAUCCACACAGGGGAGAAACCUUUCCAGUGCCCUGUCUGUGGGAAAAGCUUUGGUGUAAGCUCACGCCUCAAUGCACACAUGAGAAUCCACAGCGGAGAGAAACCGCAUAAGUGUUCGGUCUGUGGGAAAGCCUUCCAUUGGAGUAGUGGACUAACUACGCAUCAAAGGGUUCACACAGGGGAGAAGCCAUAUAAAUGUUUGGAGUGUGGAAAGUGCUUCUCUCAGAAUGGCAUCCUAAUUGCACAUCAAAAGAUUCACACAGGGGAGAAGCCAUAUAAAUGCUUGGAGUGUGGAAAGUGCUUCUCUCAGAAUGGCAUCCUAAUUGCACAUCAAAAGAUUCACACAGGGGAGAAGCCAUAUAAAUGCUUGGAGUGCGGAAAGUGCUUCACCUGGUAUAGUGACCUUAUUAAACAUCAAAAGGUUCACACAGGGGAGAAGCCAUAUAAAUGCUUGGAGUGUGGAAAGUGCUUCUCUCAGAAUGGCAGCCUAACUGCACACCAAAAGAUUCAUGCAGGGGAGAAGCUAAAUACAUGCUUGGAGUGUGGAAAGUGCUUCUCUCAGAAUCGCACCCUAACUGCACAUCAAAGAAUCCAUACAGGGGAGUUGCCAUAUUCAUGCUUGGAGUGUGGAAAGUGCUUCUCUCAGAAUGGCAGCCUAACUGCACACCAAAAGAUUCAUGCAGGGGAGAAGCUACAUACAUGCUUGGAGUGUGGAAAGUGCUUCUCUUAUAAGGGCAAUUUAACUGCACAUCAAAAAGUUCAUACAGGAGUGAAGCCAUAUAAAUGCUUGGAGUGUGAAAAGUGCUUCUCUCAUAGUAGCCACCUAACUAGGCAUCAAAAGGUUCAUACAGGAGAGAAGCCAUAUAAAUGCUUGGAGUGUGAAAAGUGCUUCUCUGUGAAUAGCAGCCUAAUAAAACAUAAAAAGGUUCACACAGGGGAGAAGCCAUAUAAAUGCUUGGAGUGUGGAAAGUGUGUCUCUUCGAAUGGCAGCCUAAUUGUGCAUCAAAGGAUUCAUACAGGGGAGAAGCCAUAUAAAUGCUUUGAGUGUGGAAAGUACUUCUCUUGUAAUACCAAACUAAUGUCACAUCAAAAGAUUCAUACAGGGGAGAAGCCAUAUAAAUGCUUUGAGUGUGGAAAGUGCUUCUCUCAGAGUGGCAACCUACGUGAACAUCAAAAGAUUCACACUGGAGAGAAGCCAUAUAAAUGCUUUGAGUGUGGAAAGUGCUUUUUUCAGAAUAAGCGCCUAAUUGUACAUCAAAAGACUCACACAGGUGAGAAGCCAUAUAAAUGCUUAGAGUGUGGAAGGGGCUUCUAUUACGAUAGCAGCCGAGCUGCACAUCAGAAGAUUCAUACAGGGGAAAAGCUGUAUAAAUGCUUAGAGUGUGGAAAGUGCUUCUGUUACGAUAGCAGCCGAACUGCACAUCAGAAGAUUCACACAGGAGAGAAGCCAUAUAAAUGCUUAGAGUGUGGAAAGUGCUUCUGUUACGAUAGCAGCCGAACUGCACAUCAGAAGAUUCACACAGGAGAGAAGCCAUAUAAAUGCUUGGUGUGUGGAAAGUGCUUCUCUUGGAGUAGUUCUCUAAGUAGACAUACAAAAGCUCACAUGGGGGAGAAGCCACAUAAAUGGUUGGAGUGUGGAAAGUGCUUCUCUCGGAACUGGAGCCUAACUGCACAUCAAAGGAUUCAUACCGGAGAGAAGCCGUAUAAAUGCUUGGAGUGUGGAAAGUGCUUCUCUAGUGGAAACCUAAGUGCACACCAAAAGAUGCAUACAGGAGAAAAGCCGUAUAAAUGUUUGGAGUGUGGAAAGUGUUUCUCUCAGAGUGGCAAUCUAAGUCAACAUCAGAAGAUCCACACAGGACUCGGAGAGAAGCCAUAUAAAUGCUUGGAGUGUGGAAAGUGCUUUUUUCAGAAUAACCGUCUAACUACACAUCAGAGGAUUCAUAUAGGGAAGAAGCCUUAUAAAUGCUUGGUGUGUGGAAAGUGCUUCUCUUGGAGUGGUGGUCUAACUAGACAUAAAAAUGGUCACACGGGAGAAAAACCUUAUAAAUGCUUGGAAUGUGGGAAGAGCUUCCAUUGGAGUAGUGCACUAAGUACGCAUCAAAGGAUUCACACAGGGGAGAAGCCAUAUAAAUGCUUGGAGUGUGGAAAGUGCUUCUCUCGGAAUUGCAGCCUAACUGUGCAUCAAAAGAUUCAUACAGGGGAGAAGCCAUAUACAUGCUUGGAGUGUGGAAAGUGCUUCUCUCUGAGUACCCACCUAAGUAUACAUCAAAAGGUUCAUACAGGGGAGAAGCCACAUACAUGCUUGGAGUGCGGAAAGUGCUUCACCUGGAAUGGUGAACUUAUUAAGCAUCAAAAGAUUCACACAGGGGAGAAGCCAUAUAAAUGCUUGGAGUGUGGAAAGUGCUUCUCUUGGAAUUGGAGCCUAACUGCGCAUCAAAAGAUUCAUACAGGGGAGAAGCCAUAUACAUGCUUGGAGUGUGGAAAGUGCUUCUCUCUGAGUACCCACCUAAGUAGACAUCAAAAGGUUCAUACAGGGGAGAAGCCACAUACAUGCUUGGAGUGCGGAAAGUGCUUCACCUGGAAUGGUGACCUUAUUAAGCAUCAAAAGAUUCACACAGGGGAGAAGCCAUAUAAAUGCUUGGAGUGUGGAAAGUGCUUCUCUCGGAAUUGGAGCCUAACUGCACAUCAAAAGAUUCAUACAGGGGAGAAGCCAUAUACAUGCUUGGAGUGUGGAAAGUGCUUCUCUCUGAGUGCCCACCUAAGUAGACAUCAAAAGGUUCAUACAGGGGAGAAGCCACAUAAAUGCUUGGAGUGUGGAAAGUGCUUCUCUCAUCAUCGCACCCUAACUGCACAUCAAAGAAUCCAUACAGGGGAGUUGCCAUAUUCAUGCUUGGAGUGUGGAAAGUGCUUCUCUGAGAACAGCAGGCUAAAUGCACACCAGAAGAUUCAUACAGGGGAGAAGCCAUAUAAAUGCUUGGAGUGUGGAAAGUACUUUUCUAACAAGAGCAUCCUAACUGCGCAUCAAAGGAUUCAUACCGGAGAGAAGCCGUAUAAAUGCUUGGAGUGUGGAAAGUGCUUCUCUCGGAACUGGAGCCUAACUGCACAUCAAAGGAUUCAUACCGGAGAGAAGCCGUAUAAAUGCUUGGAGUGUGGAAAGUGCUUCUCUCGGAACUGGAGCCUAACUGCACAUCAAAGGAUUCAUACCGGAGAGAAGCCGUAUAAAUGCUUGGAAUGUGGGAAGAGCUUUGAUUGGAGUAGUUCACUAUCUAGGCAUCGAAGGACUCACACAGGGGAAAAGCCAUAUAAAUGCUUGGAGUGUGGAAAGUGCUUCUCUCAGAAUAUUCACCUAAGGACACAUCAGAAGGUUCACACAGGUGAGAAGCCAUAUAAAUGCUUGGAGUGUGGAAAGUGCUUCACUCGGAAUGACACCCUAACUUCACAUCAAAAGACUGAUAAAAGGGAGAAGCCAUAUAAGUGCUUGGAGUGUGGAAAGUGCUUUUCACAGAAUGGCCGCCUAAUUUCACAUCAAAAGAUUCACUCAGGAGAGAAGCCAUAUAAAUGCUUGGAGUGUGGAAAGUGCUUUUCACAGAAAGUCUCCUUAACUUCACAUCGAAAGAUUCAUGCAGGUUCUGCCCCCUCAUUGCUUGGAGCAGUACAAGCGAUAAGUGGUACAACCGAGAGCAUGACAGACGAGCCUGAAAGCAUUGACUUUGCACGUUUGUGGUUUGGGGAGUCACUGGCCAUCUCCGCAUUAGCCAAGAAGAGAAAAGUCGACGCGGAGGGUCGUGUUGUUCAAGAAAAAUGGAGAUACCUUUAUUUUUCUGUGGAGCAGAAUGGGAAACCCACUUGCCUGAUUUGCUCACAGCAGAUAUCUGUCCCUAAAAAGUACAACGUUCGGCGACACUAUGAAAGUUAUCAUGCUGGGGAGUAUGACCAAUACGAUGGAGAAGUGCGAGAGGAGAAAGUUUCCGAGUUGGAGCAGUCAUUGAAAGAACAUGAAGCCCUUUUCAAAAAGUUGUAUCAAAUGCAUGAAGCGGCAGUUAAGGCGAGCUAUAUGAUUGCACGUGAGCUAGCCGUGUCAUCGAGGCCCUUUUCAGAAGGGGAGCUUGUUAAAAAGUGUAUGAUCAUGGCUGCAGAAGCAGUCUGUCCAGAUCAGCAGCAGGUUUUUGCUGACAUAAGUCUCUCAAGAGACAUGGUUGCAGAGAGAAUUUGUGACUUAUCUGAGAACCUUCACACCCAGCUUACAGAAAAGGCGAAGUCCUUUAUUGCAUUUUCAGUUGCGAUAGAUGAAAGCACGGAUGUAACUGAUGUAGCCCAACUUGCAAUCUUUAUUCGUGGAGUUGAUCAGGAAAUAAAUGUCACAGAAGAAUUUGUAGAAAUCGUUCCUGUCAAAGACACAACCACGGGUGAUGACAUCUUCGAGAACUUGGUAGGAGCUCUGGAUAAAAUUGGUGCCGACUGGACAAAAGCGGUGAGUCUGGCCACAGAUGGGGCACUACAGGUGGUGGAGGGCAAAGCUGGAGUUGCCGCAAAGCUCAAAGAAAAAUUGGUAUCGGCCAACCCACAACAUCAGUUUUUCCAUUUCCAUUGCAUUUUGCACCAGGAAACUCUGUGCAGCAAAACAAUGAAGAUGGAUAAUGUGACGAGUGUGGUCAUAGAAACUGUUAAUUUUAUUCAAGCCAGAGGUCUCGACCAUACGCAAUUGAACAGUCUUAUGGAGGAAAGCGUUAUCAGACAAGGGGUACCAUAUCACACUGAAGUCCAGGGGUUAAGUCGUGGAGCUCUCCUGAAAUGCUUCUACGAACUCCGAAGUGAAAUACAAGUAUUUAUGGAUAAGCAAGGAAAGGCUGUCCCUGAAUUACAAGAUAAGGAAUGGCUUCAAGAUCUUGCUUUUAUGGUAGAUAUCACGGAACACCUGAACUGUCUCAGCACAAAGAUGCAGGGUCGAAACAAAGUCGUGACAGAAUUUUACGACAGCAUUUGUGCCUUUGAGAUGAAGCUUCAGCUUUGGGAAAAGCAACUUCAAGAAAACAACUUGGUGCACUUCCCCACCAUGAAAUCUCUGUCUAGUGAUCCUAUAUCCACAGAGAAGUACAGGAGAAAAAUUUCUGAGCUCCGAAAUGAAUUCCAAGAAAGGUUUUCUGACUUCCGAAACCUACAGAAAGACUUUCGGAUUUUCCGUAAUCCGUUUUCGGUGAAUGUCCGUGAGGUUCCAGAGGAGCUCCAGAAGGAAAUAACUGAUCUGCAGUGCGAUACUGAACUGAAGGAUAAGCUUUCUGAAGUUGGCCUUAGCAGAUUUUACCAGUAUUUGGGUCAUAAUUACCCCCAACUUCAGUCUUUUGCUUCUAAAAUCCUGUCCAUGUUUGGGACAACGGACAUCUAUGAACAGCUCUUUUCUGUAGUGAAUGUCAAUAAACCGAAAGUAGGUUCACAGCUUACAGAGGCAGACCUGAGCAGCAUACUCAAGAUUAGGCGUUUGGCCAUGUUUUGGUAUUUAAACUGUAUUUUCAGUACAUCCUGUUGCUUUCGCCGGCGAACCAUCCCAAUGAGCAUCGUCCUCGAGAAGAUCUCUGUGUUGCUAACUGGUCUGAAGGUUUGUUUUGUGAAGGAGGGCAGCAUCUGCACCUUCCCUGCCUGUGCCGCCUCCACCUGCCUGGCUUCUCGGGAGUAA